AUGGCUAUGAUUUCGCCCUUCUCGGAAGCACCUCACCAAGCGAGCGCAGCGCCGCAGAAUUACUUCGAAAUCCAAGAUGAUUCGGCGCACGGCGAUACCCUGGCGGACAAAUACCAGAUGCUGGAAGAACUAGGCAGUGGUUCGUUUGGUGUCGUCUACAAGGCUAUAGAGAAAGGCACGGGUGAAAUCGUCGCCAUCAAACAUGUGGACCUCGAAUCUUCCGAAGAGGACCUCUCCGAUAUCCUGUCUGAACUGUCCGUCCUGUCAUCAUGCUCAAGCCCGCACGUCACAAAAUAUCGCCUGGCAUUUCUGCGUCGACAGACCUUGUGGAUUGUCAUGGAAUAUCUUGGAGGCGGAUCAUGCGCGGAUCUCCUCAAGCCACCUCCCCAUCGUUUAUCAGAGAGCCACAUCGCCAUUAUAUGUCGAGAGCUGCUCCUUGGCCUGGCAUACUUACACGGCGAGGGAAAAUUACACCGAGAUAUCAAGGCCGCAAACGUCCUGCUUGGCAUGGACGGUCGGGUGAAGCUGGCAGACUUCGGUGUCGCCGCGCAGCUGGUCGGAUUGAAGAGCAUGAGGAAUACAUUCGUCGGAACUCCCUUUUGGAUGGCACCCGAGGUGAUCCAGCAGGAGGGUCACGAUGCCAAAGCUGACGUCUGGAGUUUGGGCAUCACGGCCAUGGAGCUGGCAAACGGCGAACCUCCGCACGCCAAUGUUCACCCCAUGAAGGUUCUCUUUCUGAUACCAAAACAGCCUGCGCCGAGACUGGAAGGAUCCAAUUGGUCGAAAGAUUUCAAAGACUUUGUUGCUUGCUGUCUAACCAAAGACGUGGACAAGAGGAAAAGCGCAAAGGAAUUGCUCAGCCAUCGAUUCAUACGGUCGGCGGGGAAGAUUGAAGGUCUCCAGGAGCUGAUCGUGCGGAAGCAAGAUUGGGAAGCCAGCAAAGGAGGAGAUAGAAACUUGAAAUACUACGCUGAAACCCUCAAAAACCUGUCGCAGGGCCGCAAUGACGAUGACUGGGUGUUUGAAACUGUCAAGGCUGUGCCCACCAUGAACUUCAAGGACUUCCACACUCAGAGGAAGAGGAAGGUUGAGAGAACAGCAGUUGAUGUCCUGGGUGACGGAUUGGAGCAAAGCGCCACACAGAUGAUGGAAGAUUUCACCCUGGACCGCCGACCAGAGCCCGAACAGAGUCCGACAAAGCUGACGAUGCGGAAGAUUUCAGAAUCGACACAGCAACAGUACCAAAAGGACCGCAGAGACUCUACUGAUUCCUUUUCAGAAAGGAGAACAAACAGGAAAAGACUAUCAAAUGCCCAAGUACGGCAACCACUGGGAGUGAACAUGUCAUUUGGCAACAGCCCGAGCACAGUGCGACAAUUCAGACGUGUAUCACCCAACGCGAACAUCAGCCCCGACGCGGAGAACGAGGACCCGAAUUCUAGCGUUGUUCGGACUCCGUCGAAAGCCAAACCUGGCCUGGCCUCUCUCGUGGAUAUUGAGGCUUCAUUGCUGUCAAAGCCUGACAAAGCGUCGAGGUUCUCUUCGACCGCCACAACCAUUGCGAUAGAGACGAAGGAGGCGAACCUGGGCCGCAAGCUCUACUCACACGCAAUCGGCAUCUCGUGUCAAGACGUCCUCAAUGACACCGCUGACGAAGUCAAACGUGAGGCUGUGGCGCGCCUGGCGGAAGCCUUUUCUGACCUCGAAAGCGUGGAUCCAGAUGGCAUGUAUCACAUUAUGCAGUCGAUCAUUUCGAAAAUGAAACAGGACGACACUCUGAAGAGUAUGUUGCCGCAACAACCUUUGGCCAUGUCACCGUCGAAGCAGAUGCUGCAGUCACCUCAAAAGUCCAGUGACCCCUCACAGACACUACAGAUGUCGACGGCAUCACCACAGCCUAUUAGUGCCAACGAGAGCAGACAAGUUACCCCCAGCACACCCACCGGGAAGGGAGCUGUGGGUGCCAAACUCGUUCUAGCGCAAAACAAUCCGCAUCUCAAGAGCCAUCGACGGAGGCAGAGUGCACAAGCAGCCAUUGUCAAAUCUCGUGACACGAGUCAGGUCUUCGCCAGCCCCCUAAGAAACACAAGUGUUGAAGAGAAGAGAAAAGCGAGUCUCUUGGAGGCUGACAAUCAAACGGAGAAGGAGAUGAUGAACGGGCUAGUCGGCGGACUGGAACACACAAGACAACUUGCGGACGCACUGUUCGAGAGAUGGUGCGAAGGGUUGAGGGUCAGAUGGCCAGCUGUUUAA